UAGCGGGCACCUAAACUUUUUUACUUUUGCGAUUUGAUUCCAUUUUUCAAAAAUAAAAAAACGCAGAAAACUUCUCCCGCGAGAUUUCCCGGAGAAACCGAGAAUGUCAAGCAGCGAACAAGAGCGAUCGGCAACAAACUCAGCGCCGCCGGACGAGUCGCUGCGAAUGGCGGUGGCCAUCUCUCUUCUCCGAUCAAAGCUUCUCCAAAAGCAAAGCCACUCUUCUCCUUCUCAAAACUCCGACGCUCUCCGAUGGAAGCGGAAGGCCAAGGAGCGGAAGCAAGAGCUUCUGAGACUCCGGCGAGAUCUGAAAGAAGCCGAAGAUGCUUCGCAUUGCGACCUGUUUCCGCAAAGCGCUUCCUGCAAGUGCUAUUUCUUCGACAAUUUGGGGAAGCUGAGCCCAAAUCGGCUGCCGGAAGCUUCUCAGUGCAGAUUCAAUGACGUCUUGCGACGCCGAUUUCUCAGACACGUGCGUUUCAAGGAAAGGAGAAGAAGAACCGGCGGUUCUUGCCAGCGUUACCACUUUUCAGACAUGAACAGUGAAGAUGAAAUGGAGCUGCUUAGGGCCUCAGUUGACUUUCUUGUGGAGCUUUGUGAAACCAGUUCUCCGGUGGAGGAGGCUAGUUUUUUGAAUUGGUCACACCAAGCGGUAGAUUUUAUUUUAGCUUCAUUGAAGAAUCUGUUAUCAACUGCAAAGAACGUAGACCUCAUAGAAGGAAUUGUCAGCAGCUUAAUCACACGUAUGAUUACAAGGAUGUGUUGCCCCUUGCAAGGAAAUGCAUCAAAACAAUCAGACUCUGAUGUGCAGUUCUUCGUCCAGCACUUGAUACGAAAACUUGGUACCGAUCCCUACAUUGGACAACGUGCACUUUUUGCAGUUUCUCAGAGAGUCUCCAUUCUGGCAGAGAGUUUCCUUUUCUCAGAUCCAUUUGAUGAUGCUUUUACAAACAUGCAUCAAUGCAUGUUCAUACUGAUCCAGCUUAUUGAGUUUUUGGUGUCUGAUUACUUAUCAGUAUGGUCAAAGGAUGAAGGUUUCGACACUGUGCUUUUCGAAGAGUGGGUGGCAUCAGUUCUUCACGCUCGUAAAGCAUUGGAAGUUUUGGAAAGCAGAAAUGGGCUAUAUGCAUUAUACAUGGAUCGAGUCAUAGGUGAAUUGGCCAAGCAUGUGAGCCUUACUAUGUCACUGCAGAAGAUCAAACGUGAAAUUUUAGAUAAGCUAUUCCACUGACCAAAUCAUCACAUUGUAUAUUAAACACCUGGGAAUGUCACCCAAUUUUUUUUAUUUAGCUUACUUGUACAUCUUGGAUUUAUCUACCCAGUUGAAAGAGUAUGUGUAAAGGUUUAGAAACAAUGGAGUCUAUCACAAAAACACUGAUUGUGCUUUGGAUCUCAGCCAUUCAAGGAAGAUAAGAGCUAUGUGCUGGUGUCCCCGAUACUUUAAACUCUUCCUUUCUUGUGCCGGCUAGCUAUAUUUACAUUUCUUUAGGUAUAGACUAAUUGAGACAUGAGGAUAUCUUCUUACUUGGUGGCUUGACCUUCUCAACCUGUCACUUUCACGUAAUGAGCCAUUUUGAUAUAGCGGUCAAUGUAUUCAACCGUGUCGAAACACUGGUCACAAUGGAGCUACUACCUUGUAUAAGUAAUCGAUCCUCUCUAUUAAUGAAAGAAUCCACUCAGCCAGUUGGUCCUCCAUAUUCAUUUAGCAAGCAACUUUUUGCUUAAAGCAGACAUGACUCCGAUGAAAUAUGCGCUCUCUCUCUUACUCGUUGUUCUUCUUUUAUUCUCUGAAUCUCUUCCAAGUUCAGCUCAUCAAAGUUCUUUGAAUCCAGAUAGUGCGGUUCUUGGUCAGAAAAUGCAACACCCUGCAAAGAAUGAUCCUGGUGUGUUUCACUUGAAUAGGAAGCUUGGGAUUCACAUGAACUUAAUCCGUAAAGUUCCUAAAGUACCUCGGCCCAAAGUAUCAGCAGCCGUUCCUAGUCAGAUACCUUCUCUUCGUCUCGGUUACUUUUUGUGUUUAUCCCUCUGCCUCUUUCUGUUCUAGGUCAGGAUUAGUUUUUUACUUGUGUUAGGUCUGUUGAAACUGCUAUCAGCUGUACCUUAUUCAUUCAUCUUCUGAGAAUGAGAAACCCUUUGUCAUCAGAUUAAUUCGUCACAAUUGUAUUCUAUUGCACCGGAAAGAUUCAAGUAAUUCCAGUAAAUUGGUAUAGUUGUAAACCGGACAGAUUCAAAGUAUUGUGUUCUUCUUUGUUGCUACUGUAGAAGUAGUCUAUCCAAAUAUUCUCCAAGUAGGCAAUAUUGUCACUAGCCAAUUCUUAAUUUCAGUUCCCUAAUGAUGUGUGCGAGACUAGUUUGGACGUGGCACUAAAGCCUAUCUUAUCCGAAUAUUAAUGGUGGUGUCUCAUUAGGGUUGGAGUCUUCAAGUUAUUUUUUCCAUCUCGUUAUAUGAGGACUGAAGUUCGAAUUAGGCUUUCGAAACCAAAAAAUACCGUCCUUGUCUUCUAUAUCUUUCAAGCAAUUAACUCUUUGUCGUGUUUAGGAGGGCUCCUACACUUGGGUACGAUUAAAAAUUUUCAAGCGUGUCGACCGGAACACUACUGGUCCAUAAUGGAGCUACUACCUUAAAUAGGUAAUCCUCUCAUCCAUAAAAGAAUCCAUCCACCCAGUUGGCCGGUGUUCCAUAUUCAUUUAGCAAACUACGUUUUGCUUAGAGCAGACAUGACUCGGAUGAAAUAUGCGCUUUCUCUCACACUCGUUCUUCUUUUUUUCUCUGAAUCUCUUCCAAGUUCAGCUCAUGAAAGUUCUUUGGAUCCACGUAGUGCAGUUCUUGGUCAGAAAAUGCAACAACCUGCAAAUAACGAUCUUAGUGUGUUUCACUUGAAUAGGAAGAUUGGUAAAAUUCCUUACGUCCUUCCUAAACAACCUCGUCCUAAAGCACCUCGUCACGCAUCAGCAGCCAUUCCUAGUCAGACACCUUCUCUUCGUCUCGGUUAUUUUCUGUGUUUAUCCCUCUGCCUCUUUCUGUUGUAGGUCAGGAUUUGUUUACUACUAGUGUUAGCUCUGUUGAACGUACUGCAAACUACUGCUAUCAGCUGUACCUUCAUUCGUCUUCUGAUCGAGAACGAGUCAUCAAAUUAACAUGUUAGAAUUGUACUAUAUAUAUUGCAUCUGUAUUGUAACACUUGAAAGAUCAUUGCUCUACUUUUACAAA